CGCCGGGAAAUUUUGCUCGCGGUGGAUUUUUCUUGUGCAACGUGGGCAGGAUGGAGGCACCGGCUGUAUUAGCAUACCCCUCAGCUGAGGUCCUGAAGCCUUCCCUCCCUGAACUCAAUGGUGUUUCGCUCCACGACGUGGUGGUGACUACUUCGCCCAGUGUCAAAAACCAUCUUCCCAAGGCAGCAAAAGAAACAAAGGAGUCCGAAGCAGAGAUGUUCCGAUCCAAAGCCCCUCCUCCCAUAGGGCUCUGGACCACCAAGCAGGACGGGGAAGUCAAGCUGAGGAUGGACGAGAGCGGCAUCGGCUGCGAGCCCCCGGUCAGGGUCCACGAGCUGCUCCUCGAGGCCGUCCGGAAAUACGGGGACUUGGACGCGCUGGCCACCAAGAAGGGGGGGACGUGGACCAAGCUGACUUACAAGGAGUACUACACGCAGUGUCGGCAGGCGGCCAAAAGCUUCCUCAAGCUGGGCUUGGAGCGCUUCCACGGCGUGUGCAUUCUGGGAUUCAAUUCCAUCGAGUGGUUCCUGGCAGACAUCGGAGCUAUUCUGGCUGGUGGCUUUGCCGUUGGGGUCUACACAACCAACUCCCCCGAGGCCUGCCAGUACGUAGCAGAAAACUGCGAGGCCAACAUCAUCGUGGUGGAGAACGACAAACAGCUCCAGAAGAUCUUGGAGGUUCAGAAAAAACUCCCUCUCCUGAAAGCGAUCAUCCAGUAUGGUGAACCUAUCAAGGAGAAACUACCAAAUCUCUACAAUUGGAGUGAAUUCAUGACUCUUGGUGAUGUUGUCCCAGAUGAGCAGUUAGAUAAAGUAAUUGAGGCCCAGAAGGUGAACCAGUGCUGCACUCUCAUCUAUACCUCCGGGACGACUGGCCAGCCAAAGGGAGUGAUGCUGAGCCAUGACAACAUAACGUGGACCGCCCAGGCAGGAGGGCAGUUUGUUGGCUUGACUUGUGGCCUGGAGAGACAGGAGCUGGUGGUCAGCUACCUGCCGCUCAGCCAUAUUGCCGCUCAGAUGAUUGACAUCUGGCUGCCGUUGACCUUUGGGAUGCAGACCUUCUUUGCCCAGCCGGAUGCUCUAAAGGGCACCUUGGUGGAAACCUUGAAGGAGGUGAGGCCCACGGCAUUCAUGGGGGUCCCUCGGGUCUGGGAGAAGAUGCAAGAGAAGAUGAAAGCCGUUGGCGCCAAGUCGUCGGCCUUGAAGAAGAAGAUUGCAACCUGGGCGAAGGCGGUUGGCCUGGAAACCAACAUCAAGCGGAUGAACAACGGAACGAUUGAGCUCCCAAUGAACUACCGGCUGGCCAAGGCGUUGGUGUACAAGAAAGUCCGGAAGGCACUGGGCUUGGACCGCUGCACGAAGUGUUUCACAGGGGCUGCCCCCAUCACAAAGGAAACCUUGGAAUACUUCCUGAGCCUCGACAUUCCGGUCUAUGAGCUCUAUGGCAUGAGCGAGAGCUCGGGGCCUCACACGCUCUCUCAUGCAGCCAACUUCAAGUUGACGAGUUGCGGCAGAGAAAUCACAGGUUGCAAGACAAUGAUUUACAAACCGGACUGCGACGGCAACGGGGAGAUCUGCUUUGCAGGUCGCCACAUCUUCAUGGGCUACCUGAACAUGGAAGACAAGACCAAAGAAGCCAUUGAUAACGACGGCUGGCUACAUUCAGGGGACCUUGGGAAACACGAUCCGGAUGGCUUCCUUUACAUCACGGGGAGGAUCAAAGAGCUCAUCAUCACCGCAGGAGGCGAGAACAUCCCACCGGUCCCGAUUGAGGAUGCCGUGAAGGAGGCGGUGCCCAUUCUGAGCAAUGUCAUGCUGGUGGGCGACAAGGCCAAGUUCCUCUCCAUGCUGCUGACUCUGAAGUGCAACGUGAACGCGGAGACGGGGGACCCAGAGGACGACCUGACACCCGAAACCAUCGAAUUCUGCCGCAAACUGGGCAGCAAAGCUUCCAAAGUCUCGCAGAUCGUCACGACCAAAGACCCGGCUGUGCACAGCGCCAUCCAGAAGGGGAUCACAGCAGUCAACAACAGAGCCGUCUCCAACGCCCAGAAGAUCCAGAAGUGGGUGAUCCUCGACAAAGACUUCUCCAUCAAUGGCGGGGAGUUGGGUCCCACAAUGAAGCUGAAGAGACCAGUGGUGGUCAAAAUGUACAAACAGCAAAUAGACCAGUUAUACGCUGUGGAAACACCGGAUGCUAAAUAAUCACCAAACAAGCACAUAACCUCCGGCCUGCCUCUAUUAGAAGUCUAGUCUUUCUCUUCCCUCCCUCGCUGCUGUCCUUUGGUGAACGUGACCCUGUAUUUUGGCAUGGACUCGUCUCCCGCUUUUUGGUGUGGAAAGAGAAACGGACUCUUUCCUCAGUGUGUUACAAAAAACGAGGUUUCAAUAAAGGCAGCUCUCUGACCCAAGGCCGCUCCAGAAGUCUCUGGUUACAAAACAUUAGGGCUGUCCGUAGCCAUUCAUGUUUGUCCCUGAACUUGUUUGGAUGAUCCAUCGGGAGGACUCCGAGGCUACCUGUCUUGGCAACAGCUUUCUUCUAGCUGCUACGCGGUAACCCACUUUUGAGUCCCUUCCUCCAAAGACCGUGGCCCUCCACUCUUUAAAUGAAUGUACAGAGAACUCCGUUCUCUGCUUACGAUUACUUGAGCAUCACUUCUCUGUUCCUCUAUGUGUGUGUUUGAAAACAUUGUGGGGGUUCUUGGAAAAGGGGACAUGGCGAUUAAGCGUGUUCAGAUAAUUCCGGCUGAUGUGCCCGGACAAGGAAUUGACUAGCUUUAUACUGUGUGUGCAAUACUAUAUUCUUGGCUUGGCUUGGUUCAGACACUUAAAAGCCAUAAAAUGAUGGUGGUUACAGCAUGUCAAAGGACGUUUUGGAUAGAAGGAAAUCUGGUACAUGAGCCCCCCCCCCUCCAAGGGCUUGUGGUUGGGAUACAGGCGUCUGGCUUAAAGAAAUAAUCUUUGUGUGGCCCUUACGUUCACCUCAAAGAGGGGUAUAAGUAUAUGUUUGCAAAAUAUGUUUGCAGGGGGUGAAUUAAUUCCUCUUUAAGGAAAUGCACUUUUAGGGUCAAAUUUUACAUUGGCGUCUCUCUGGGGAUAUCGAGCACAGGGGACCAGGCUGGGACGUGGCUAGGCUAAUACUGAUCCUGACAUGAGCAGGACAAUGUAAGCAGAUUGUAGGAACUGGGCACUGAUGGAAGCAAAAACUCACUGUCCAUUGAGAAUUUGCACAGGCCUGGUGUGUUACUGAAGCGGGUUUGGGAAGCCAACGAGCACGCAGGGCCCCCCCCCCAGAAAUCUAAUCUCAGGUUGGGGUACUUUAAAAGCUGGCUGAAGGCCAGGUGUCCUCAUCGGGGACCCCACCGGACACGCUCACUGCAAGGGAAGGCUCAGUUUGGUCUGUGUCCUCAACGGAAAAGAAUCGCACUGAAUCAUGCACUUUUUGACGCCGUGAAUGGCCUGGCAGCUCAAGAGGUUGGCUGGGUUUUGUGUAGGAUUGUGUCCCCCCCCCCCCCCCUU